AUGUCGGCCGCCAGCACCGAGACCAGCGCCCCGCUGCCGACCGCCGGCAGCCGCGUCUUCUUCCAAGGCGCACCCGGAGUUGGCUGCGUCGGGUCCGGCCCCAUCACCGCCGGCGACGACCCGGUCCAGAAGAGACAGGGCAAAGUGACGGUCAAGUACGACAGGAAGGAGCUGCGGAAAAGACUCGUCCUGGAGGAGUGGAUCAUCGAGCAGCUCAGCGAGUUGUAUGACUGCGAGGAGGAAGAGAUGCCAGAGGUAGAGAUAGACAUCGAUGACCUGUUGGAGGUCACCAGUGACGAUGAAAGAGCCAGCAAACUACAGGAAUCAUUAAUAGACUGCUACAAACCAACAGAGGUAUUUGUCCGUGAGUUGCUGGGCAGGAUAAGGGGAAUGAGGAAACUCAGUGCGCCGACUAAGAAGGGCCUAUAA